AUGUUCACCGGCAUCGUUGAGAUUAUCGGCACCGUCUCCUCGCUGGAGAAGCAAGAUGACACCGCCAGCGGCGGGGGUGGCACCUCCUUGACCAUUUCUGGCGCUGAGGAGAUUCUGGGCGACUGCCACUUGGGCGACAGCAUCGCGGUCAAUGGCACCUGCCUGACCGUCACCCACUUCGACAAGUCCUCCUUCAAGGUCGGCGUCGCUCCUGAGACGCUCCGCCGAACGAACCUGGGCGCUCUCAAGCAGGGCUCCAACGUCAACCUGGAGCGUGCCGUGUCUGCCUCGACCCGCAUGGGCGGCCACUUUGUCCAAGGCCAUGUCGAUACCGUCGCGACCAUCGUGUCAGUCACUCCUGACGGCAACGCUAAGACGUUCCGCUUCCAGCCGCGCGACAAGUCGAUCCUGAGGUACAUUGUGGAGAAGGGCUUCAUCACAAUCGACGGCGCAAGCUUGACGGUGACAAAGGUGCAGGACGGGCCGGACGGCUGGUGGGAGGUCAUGCUCAUCGCCUACACGCAGGAGAAGGUGGUGACGGCGAGCAAGCAGCCGGGCGAGGAGGUGAACGUCGAGGUGGACCAGGUCGGGAAGUACGUCGAGAAGAGCGUGGUCGGGUACUUUGAGGACAAGGCCAGCGGCGACAUUGCCGUCCUGGAGAAGAUGGUCACCAGGCUGGUGGAUGAGCGGCUGAAGACGAUUGGCAAGUGA